AUGAAACAAAAUAUUGAAGACACAGAAGACAUGCCUUCUGAAGAAAUGGAACUUCGUCAGCGUAAUGAUAAAACAAACCACGAUAAAGAUAUAAAAUGUGCAUUCUCAUCAUCACCGAUGGUGCCGAUGAUGACAACGUCAACGCUUUCGAUGAUGAAAUUCACUCCAAAUAUAAGUGAACAACACACUCCAUUACAAGUAAACACACAGACUUCAGAUAACGAUAAACAGAAAUUAAUACAUGAUGUUGUAUGGUCUGAUUUAGCUGAACAAUUUCGAUUAAAUUUGAUUACUCAACUUGAUGAUCAUUUGAAAGUAUCACUCAGUGACUUAGUGAGUACAGCUAUUUCAAGGGAGAAUAAUUUACAAAGCACACAAAACCUUAAUGACUGGAUGACAGACAAACAUAAAAAUGGAGGUCAUUCAGUGAAUUCCAGAAGUCUUCCAACUAAACACUACCGUACGCGUGAUUCAGUACUGACAACGUUGUUUCAGAUCUCUCACAUACGCACGGUCUAUAAUAUAUUUAUUGCCGUUACAAUAAUCUUCUCUGCCAAUACAGUCAUACAAGAUUUCAUCGACCCAAAGGUCAACUUAUAUGCUUAUAAUAUGGAUAUCCUGCGAUUUGCAUUCGUUCUCUACUAUUUUUAUUCCAUUCUGGGGGUUCUUCUAUGGAUAACGUAUAGACCCAAUAUCGGAAAGAAAGUAUGUUCAUUAGAUUGGAUAUUUCUAAUAUGCUACAUACUUUACCAGGUGGCCUUCUUCACGACAUCAUUCCUUUUCACUUUAUCGUCCGAUUUACCACCAGCUAGUACGACAAUUGUAACAGGUGAACAAGUUCGACUGAUGAUGAAAUCGCAUGCCUUUGUACGCCAUGCCAUCAGUAUUAUAUUUGAAGAAGAUCAGAAUGAAUCAACGUCACCAUCGCCAACAUCAUCUCUCACCAAGACAUCGACAACCAAUAAUCAUAAUAAUCAUAAUUCAAAUCAUUCCAAUCUGUCAGAUGACAUAGAUGAAUUUCCUAACUUCUCACGUUACUUAUACUUUUUAUUUGCUCCAACACUAGUCUAUCGUGAACGAUAUCCACGUACACGUUAUAUACGAUGGUAUUUUGUUUUCUCGAAUUUUCUGCAAGUUAUUGUUUGUUUUAUAUUUAGUUAUUACAUUUUUAUGAGGUUUUGUUUCUUACAAUUUUCACAACUUGGCAAAUUAUCAGAAUUUUCAUUUAAAAAGUAUAUUCUAACAUCGACUGCUUGUAUCCUACCUGGUGGUUUAUUAAUGCUGAUUGCAUUCUAUUCAUUUUUACACUCAUGGUUGAAUGCAUUUGCUGAAAUGUUACGCUUUGGUGAUCGUCUGUUUUACAAGGAUUGGUGGAAUGCUACAACAUUCAGCGUGUGGUAUCGUACAUGGAAUGUAAUAGUACACGACUGGUUGUACACAUAUGUAUACCGAGAUAUUCAAAUUCUUCUAGGAAAUCGCUCACGUACAUUAGCCGCAACAAUUGUGUUCUGGUUAUCAGCUGCUGUACAUGAGUAUAUACUGAUGGUUUCUUUGAGAUACUGUCUACCAGUGUUAUUUCUCUUCUUUGUUGUAGGCGGUUAUGUGUUAUUUUUUGUACAAGGCAGUGGACGUAGUUGGAAUGUAGCCAUUUGGAUUUCAUUAUUUACUGGUUGGGGCCAGAUGAUUUGUUUAUAUUCUAUGGAAUGGUAUGCAAGAAAGAACUGUCCACCUGUUCUAGAUACUUGGUUAAAUUUCUUUAUGCCACACAUCAUAUUUUGUCCUAGUAUCAAUGGAACCAGGUAUGGUUAG